AAAAAAAAAGAAAAAGAAAAAAACGGUUUGGACCUUUCUUUUUCCCAACCACCAUAAAACGCGGUCCAAAAAUCCCCAAUAAAAUGCCAUCUGCUUCAAUUAGGGUUUCUCCAUAUCCGUCUUCAUUUCUUCCCAUUUUUUCUCUCUUAAAUAUUGGAUCCAAUUAAAAUCGAAAUUUGAUUUUUAUUGUUAUUAUUGUUAUCAUUCGAUGUGAGAAUGCCCGCGACGGAUUAUCAAGGAAGCUCGGCACCGUUGACAAAUAUCGGCCGUUCGUUAUUAUCCCUGAGGAGGGAUCAAGUACAUGCGAUGGAAUCGCCGAACGAUGGAUCGGCUUCGCACGAGGUGGAGCUCGAGUUGUUUCAAAGGCAAGUAGCUGACCGAUUUCACGAUUUAGCUUCUGUUCCUUCCGAUGAAUUGCUUUCUCUUCCAUGGGUUCGGAAAUUGCUCGACGUUUUCCUUUGUUGUCAAGAGGAAUUUCGGGUCAUCGUUUUUAACAAUAAAGCUCAAGUGAUGAAACCUCCCAUGGACCGUUUGAUUGCCGAUUUUUACGAGCGUACUGUUAAGGCGCUUGAUGUUUGUAAUGCGAUUCGCGACGGAAUUGAACAGAUCAAGCAAUGGCAGAAGCUUCUAGAAAUCGUUCUUUGCGCUUUGGGUGAUAGUAAUGUCAAUAAUAAUUCGAAUAAUAAUGGUAAUAAUAAUUGUUAUCAGAGAACCCUAGGAGAAGGACAAUUUCGUCGCGCGAAAAAGGCGUUGAUAGAUUUAGCAAUUGGGAUGCUUGAUGAGAAAGAUUCCGGUCAAUCUUUGUCUCAUAGGAAUCGUUCCUUUGGAAGAAAUAAUAAUACCAGCAGUCACUCCAAGGAUCAUCACCAUCGUUCUUUGGGUCAUUUCAGGUCGUUGUCUUGGAGUGUUUCGAGAUCUUGGUCUGCUGCUAGGCAGCUCCAGGCGAUCGGGAACAACUUAGCUGCACCACGAGGGAAUGAGGUUGUGGCUACCAAUGGACUUGCAAUGCCUGUUUACACAAUGGGUUGUGUUUUGUUGUUUGUAAUGUGGGCCUUGGUGGCUGCGAUUCCGUGUCAGGAUCGGGGUUUGCAAGUUCAUUUUUAUGUGCCUAGGCAGUUUUCUUGGGCGGCUCCAAUUCUUUCAUUGCAUGAGAGGAUCAUGGAGGAGUCGAAGAAGAGGGAUAGGAAAAAUGCUUGUGGGUUGUUGAGGGAGAUUUAUCAGAUGGAGAAGUGUUCACGGUUGUUGGGUGAAUUGACUGAUUCUGUGCAGUUUCCGUUGAGUGAGGAGAAGGAAGGGGAGGUUAGGCAGAGAGUGAAGGAACUGGGGCAGGUUUGUCACGCAAUGAAGGAAGGCUUAGAGCCACUGGAGAGGCAGGUUAGGGAGGUUUUUCAUAGGAUUGUUCGGAGCCGAACUGAAGGGCUUGACUCUUUGGGUAGGGGGCACAAUCCCGAGUAAAAAGUCUGUUGUUGGGUUGCAGUGGUUUAAAUUGUUAAGUGUCAAAUGUGCAACUUGCAAACGUGUUUUGCUUUCAGCUUCAGGGAAACUCCAGGAUCCUGAACAUGAAAGAGAAGAGAAGACGAAGAUGGAGAAGAAAUGAAGAAGGAUUUGAGGCUUGCGCCACACAAAUAAAAAAGGGUAAGGAGGAAAAACAAAAAAGAUUUUCUUGUAUUUAUCACCAUGUAUCGGUGUAAAGAAAGUAGGAUAUGGAGUUGGACCUUUGGUCCUGGUGCUGAUGUCCAGCCUUUUGGUUGUUAUUGUAUAAUCAAAUUCCUAAGUAAAUUUGCAUAUUCAGUCUCUAGUGAUUUUGUGUUGAAA